GCAGCCUCGUGGUUCUCAGGGCGUCAAUUUAGGACACGAAACUCUCCAGGACAUGCCUUUGCCACGGUGCAAUAAUUGAAUACAACUCCUCGCCUUCUGCCGCCACUCGAUACUGUCUCCACACAUUCGCUCGCAGCGUUUUGCAACCAGGAGACCUUGGCAGACCCAUUCCUUUGACGUCGCUCUUUUACCCCAAGCUUCCACGAUGGCCACAACAGAGAUGGCGCAGCAAACACAUGAACGAUCCGGCCGUCGCCGCCCAUUCUCGACAUGGAUGAAGAAGCUUACGAAUUUCAAAGCUGGCUCCUCCACCGAUCCUAGCCAAGCCACGAUGAACGGAAAGAGACAUGCUUAUCAAAUGAAAUCGAAUUCGAAGAAACAGCCGGCCUCGAAGAACAACAAUCCGUAUCCUGAGUCAGGUCAGAUCAACAGGAACUCCGCAGCUCCUGAUAAUGAAAACAACCCGUCUUUCUCGACGGUUCCUACAGCAAACACCAGAAGUACAGCAUCUGUGGAUCGUGGCAGGCAGUCAAUUAGCAUAUCCGAAGAUGGGCGCCAUCCUCCUACGAUAGGUAACAAAUCGUCCGCGCCAACAGUGUCCACCGAUGUGGCUCAUUCAGAUGCAGCACCCUCUCAUGGGGCAUCGUCAGCGGCAGGGACAUCUGCUACAAUCGGAGGCGGCGUUAGUUCGGGUCGAGGAGCAGAUAGCACAUUCUCGUCCCCAGCACCAUCCGUUCGAUCCUUGACUACGACUCUCACAACAAUACAGUCAGCCGCCCCUCCAGCACCAGCGGCAUCUCACAACACAAUAAAUAAUACACAAAGCAUACACUUCACUCAUCAAUUCCCAACCUCCCCUCCUACCGCUUUGCCACCGCAUCUCGCUCCUCAGGGGAGUGGUGGACAUCCUGCGACAUACAGCACAGCGACGGCAAAUAACCUCCUCACUGAUAAUGCUUCCAUUCUUACUCUUGCAUCUUCUUCGAAACGUCGACGGCGGAGAUCAAUGGACACAGAUGCAUCUGUUCGUGCGCUCGCCCCAUCCUCCUUGUUCGGUGGCAGUCGAGAGAGCCUUCCUCUCAGUGUCCUAAGCGCGAAUAUCGACUCCAACACUGUCCCAACACCCCAUCAAGCGCGUCCCAGUGUCGCUGGCUUGAAUGAGAGGGCAAGCAUUUACUCAGCGACCGGAGUAGCCCCCGCUUUGCCAAGUGAACGAAACAGCUACUACGCGGGCAAGCAGUCAGCUACAGCAGACGGUGGAAGUGUCAGGAGUGGACUUCUUGGACAUGGACGAAACGAUAGUGUCAGUGGGAGCAUUGGUGGCGGUGCCAGCGCUUCGAGUCCGCUAGCAAGUCCUCCGGAGUUUGGUAUUCCUUCAACGGGAAAUCCGAGCCAUGCCAAUUUGACAGAGGCUAACGAGAAGGGGGCAGCUGACACUGAGGACGGCGCUGAAGUUGUUGUCGAAGAGGCGGGGAAAGCAUGAUGUUGUGAUUGGUUGGGGCUUCUGCUGUGGGCUGUUGGAAUUUCAGGGCUUCGGAGGUGUUAUUACAUAUGGGCAUGACUUUAUUGAUGCUGGCGUUGAAGGAUCGAAGGUCGAGACAUUCUAAAGAUACCCGAUCAUAAUUCACUUUGUCUAAAAGACUUCCAGUUUGUUCGAAUCAACAGCGGUGAUCAAUGGAGUCUCCUGGACCUGA